CUUACUAAGUGAACUUACUAGAGAGUCUAUGUAUAUAUAGUAAUGACUAGCGAACAAAAUAUGCAUAAUGAACAAGAAAAAUGGGCAUAAAAAAGAUAGCAAUAGCGAGUUUCACAACCAUUGUUGUGUUGUUAUUCCAGCAAAGUUGGUUAGCAUGGGGACAAGUUAAGGGAGGUUACUGGUACUAUGACAGUGGGGUGGAUGCUUCAUCUAUUGACUCAUCCCUCUACACUCACCUCUACUGUGCUUUCGCCGCCCUUGAUGCCAACACCUUCCAAGCCACCUUACCCUCCAAUGUCUUCUCUACCUUCACUCAGACCGUCAAGCGCCGGAACCCUAACGUCAACACCUUUCUCUCCGUUGGCGGAGGCUUCGGCCGCAACUUGUCCCUUCGCUUCUCCGCCAUGGCCAGCCAAAGCAGCACCCGCAAGGCCUUUAUAGACUCCACCAUCCAGCUAGCCAGAUCCAACGGCUUCGGAGGCGUGGAUCUCGACUGGGAGUACCCUUCCUCCGACGCCGACAGGAACAACUUAGCUCUCCUCCUCCAAGAAUGGCAAGCAGCUAAUCAAGAAGAUUCUAGAAACACCGGGAGAGCUUCGUUGCUUUUGACAGCUGCCGUUGCUGGAUCUAACCAGAUAUCUUCGUUGCAGUAUUACCCUAUCGCCGCCAUUAACGACUACACGGACUGGUUGAACCUUAUGGUGUACGAUCUGUUCAUUCCGGAACAGUAUCGUUCUUCGACACAGCCACCUGCACCGUUGUACAACCCUGGAGGAGUGUUCAGUGCAGAUGAAGGGGUUUCGUCGUGGAUUGGACUCGGAAUUGCCGCUAAUAGGUUGACUUUUGGGUUGCCGUUUUAUGGAUAUGCAUGGAAUUUGGUGAACCCUAAUAAUAAUGGAUUGUUUGCUCCUGCUGCUGGUCCUGCUCAAAGUUCCACCGGGAGCAUGACGUAUAGGCAGAUUAGAGAUUUCAUAAACAAUCAAAGGCCACAACAAGUGUAUCACUCAGCUUAUGUGACUAAUUAUUGUUAUUCUGGGAAUACCUGGAUUGGUUAUGAUGAUACUCAGAGUGUCUCUGCUAAGAUCAGAUACGCCAAGGGCAGAGGAAUGGUUGGAUAUUUUUCAUGGCAGGUUAGUGGGGAUGACACCUCUUCCACCCUUGCUACAACCGCUUAUAAUACUUGGGAUAGCAGCUUACGCGGAGAGCAACAGGGUUCAGCUCAGAGGUUGACAGAAGCUAAAUAAUUAGUUUGAUGAAGCCAAUGAAAGAAUAAUAAUGAGUU